AUCCGAGUCCCGGAGAAAUCGAUCGUAGCUCGGAGCCCUUUCUCUUUCAUAAAGAUCAUUUCUCCCAAGAGGGAAACAAAGUUCGUUUCUUUUAUCGUCAAAAUCUUUCAAUUUUCAUCAAUUCUUCGUUUUAUCGAACGCACGUCAAACCCUUUAUCCCCUUCAUUGCUUUUUUUCUUUUUCUCUUUGCGGGUCAAGCUUCGAUUCGAGCUUUUUAGGGUUCCCUAUCUGAAUCUGACGACAAGUUAAACCCUCUUGCGGGUUUUUCUUCAAAUUUCUGAAAACAGAGUAAAGCUUUAAAAAGGGAUAUCUUUCGUUUUGGAUGGGAAGUCUCUGUAACUAAACUACCUAGCGAUAUGGAGACACAAAUUCAUCAACUUGAGCAGGAAGCAUAUACCGCUGUCUUACGGGCUUUUAAAGCGCAGUCUGAUGCAAUUUCUUGGGAAAAAGAAAGCUUGAUAACUGAAUUACGUAAGGAAUUGAGAGUAUCUGAUGACGAACAUCGAGAGCUUCUGAGUAGGGUCAAUAAGGAUGAUACUAUCCAAAGAAUAAGAGAUUGGAGACAAGGAGGCGGAAGCCAAAAUACUAGACAUGCAACUAUUCAGCCUUUUGAUGUUCUUCCUAGUCCCACUUUCUCAGCUGCCCGAAAGAAACAGAAAACAUUCCAAUCUUAUCAUCCAUCAAUUGGUGUGACUGGAAAUAGGUCAUUCAAUAAUCGUGUGGUACCCAGUGGCAUAUCAGGAAAUGAAUCUGCUGAAGCUUUGAUCGGAAGAAAAGUGUGGACUAAAUGGCCUGAAGAUAACCACUUCUAUGAAGCAAUUAUAACCCAGUACAAUGCAGAUGAUGGUCGGCAUGCUUUGGUGUAUGAUAUACACGCAGCUAAUGAAACGUGGGAAUGGGUUGAUCUCAAGGAGAUACCACCCGAAGAUAUAAGGUGGGAUGGGGAGGAUAGUGGGGUAGCUUUAAACAUUGGACAUGGAAGUGGAUCAUUCCGUGGCAACCGAAGAAGCCAAAUCCAUGGUGGUAGAGGGAGAGGACCCAGAAUUCAUCAACCAAGAAGAGAACUUGUACCACCACCAACACAACAGAAUGGUGGUGGUGGUCGUAGAACUUCCUCUGAUGAUAUUGAAUUGUUCAACACAGACUCGCUUGUGAAGGAGGUGGAGAGAGUUUUCGAUUCUGCGCACCCUGAUCCGCUCGAGCUCGAUAAGGCCAAGAAAAUGCUAAAGGAACAUGAACAGGCACUCAUUGCUGCCAUAGCAAGGCUUGCUGAUACUUCUGAUGGCGAACUCGAUGGAGAUCCACCAUAUUCGCAUGAUCAUCCAAUGCCACAGGGAUGAGAGAAAUACUCUGUCUGUCUGUCUGUCUGAUAUACUCAGGAUUUGGUCGUCAAGGACUCUGGAUUUAAGAAGAAACAGUUGUGCUCGUAAGAGAUUGCUAAGAAGAGGAAGGGAGCCUUCCUCUAAAUUGUUGUCACUAAAAUGUAAGAAAAAAAUUAAGUUGUUAGGGAUUUGGAACGCCUAGGAUUUUUUGGUUGUAAGCACAAGUAUGUUGUUUAGAGAGUGUAACCUGUGACUAUGAUUGACCAUGUAAAUGUUGCUGAGUUUUUUUACCUCCAA